GACACAAGUGCAAACAUCAAAACACUUACACAUUUUGAAGGUACUAGUAAUCAAAAUCGUCAACGAAAGCUUGAACAACAAAAACUUUCAAAAGAUUUUCAAAAAACGUUAACAGAGUUCCAGAAAGUACAAAGGCUUUCAGCAGAAAGACAACGUGAAUAUGUCGAUAAAGCAAAGGCGCAUAAUGUCCGAAAUGACGUAUAUGAAGAAGAAGAUGCUGUUAUUCAUGAAGCACAGCCUCUUAUAAAUGACAAUCAACGACGAAUUCAAUUUCAAGUUUUAGAUAAUGAGGUCGAAUAUAAUGAAUCAUUAAUCGCAGAACGUGAAGGUGAAAUCAGGGAAAUCGAACAAGGACUUAAUGAAUUGAAUGAAAUUUUCAGAGAUUUAGGAACAUUAGUAUCAGAACAACAAUCGAUGUUAGAUAACAUUGAAAGUAAUGUGACAAACAUUUCCAUAAAUGUUCGAAGUUCAGCUGAUGAAUUGAGCAGCGCUAGUAGACUUCAAAAGAAAGCACGUAAUCGUAUGUGCUGUCUCAUGCUUAUUUUUGCUGUAGUGGGUGGUGUU